UUUGAGUUGAGUCAAACACAUUUCUCAUGUUGUAUCGCAUCAAUGUAGUUAGAAGUGAGCUGAAAUUACUAAAAACGUCCAGAGGUCGUCGGGUUUCAACCAGUUUUACACAACCAAUAGACGCGUUUAAAUUAAUCCUCAACGUAACACAAUAAACAUUUCAAUAAGCAUGCUCUUAGUUAAACAGAAUAGCUUCACCAUGCUGGACAGUGACUCGGAGGCGCACACAGACUCUAGCCAGGAUCUGAAACUAGAUAAUAACAAGCAGCAGCAGCAUCAGCAGCACCAGCAGCAGCACCAGCAGCAGCAGCCACUGCAGCUGGUCAGUGGCAACAAUCAGCUUGUUGAGCUACCCUUGAAGCAUCCAUUGGAGCACACAUGGACGCUGUGGUACUUGGAGAACGAUCGCAGCAAGAGCUGGGAGGAUAUGCAGAAUGAGAUAACUAGCUUUGAUAUGGUCGAGGAUUUCUGGAGUCUUUACAAUCACAUCAAGCCGCCGUCCGAGCUUAAGAUUGGCAGCGAUUACUCAUUGUUCAAGAAAGACAUACAGCCCAUGUGGGAGGAUGAGGCCAAUAAGCAUGGCGGACGCUGGGUCAUCAGCAUUCAACGCUGCAGCAAGCUGGAGCUGGACAAGCUCUGGCUCGAUGUGCUGCUAAUACUGAUUGGUGAGGCUGUUCAACACACUGAGGAAAUCUGCGGCGCUGUCAUCAACUUGCGCAGCAAGAGCAACAAAAUUUCGAUUUGGACCGCCAAUGGGCACAACGACGUGGCCGUCAUGGAGAUUGGUCACAAGCUGCGUAAGCUGCUCGGCCUGCCGCCGCACAAUCUGCAGUACCAGCUGCACAAGGACUCGAUGAGCAAGCAGGGCUCGCUGGUGAAAGCGGCUUACAUAUUGUAAGCCCAUCUGCGCUCCUUAUAUACAUACAUACAUAUAUGUUCAUACAUGUGUGUGUGUGUCUCUGUCUAUGUAUGUGAUAUUUUUUUGCCAUAACAGCAGCUGCUUACCGUUCUACUGCUCACCACCACGCAUCCAUUCAUCUAUACACAACAACAACAACAAGAACAACACAAUUCUCGGUGCAGCUGUUGCUGUUGUGCGCGUGUAUUCCAAAAAUCC